GCCAAGAUGGUGGCGCGCAGGUACUGCGCUCUGUCUCUGCUAGUCAUUCUUUAUAGUUUAUCGUUGUUAAUUGUUAUAAAUGCACAAACAACAAUACCGACUUCUAGUAAUCCUAAUCUUUCGGCGGAUACGGAACCAGAAACUCCCGAAACACCUCCGGGGACGCCAGUAGAGCAGGAGAAACAAUGGGAACCUACCGAGGUGAAGGAAACCACCCCUGAAGAAGAUGCUGCUGUCCCCGCAGAGAGUGCUCUUCCGCCUGAGACAACAGCCAGCUCCACCGGGGUUCACCAGAAAGAGGAUUUUCAAGAGGAGCUGGUGAUCAGGCCUCUUCAUUCUGGAGAUAUUUACGCCAGCUUCCAGUUUAGCACGCUCUGGGAAACUGACUUCAUGAACGGAAAGAAAGUGUCCCAUUACCGUCUGUUCCCUAAGUCUUUGGGGCAGGUCAUCUCUAAGUUCUCUGUGCGCGAACUCCACAUCUCCUUCACUCAGGGUUACUGGAGGACCAUACAGUGGGGACAGCCCUUCCUCCCUGCUCCUCCUGGUGCCGAGCUCUGGGUCUGGUUUCAGGACACGGUUACAGAUGUGGAUAGCACUUGGAAGGAGCUGACUAAUGUUUUAUCUGGGAUCUUCUGUGCAUCUCUGAACUUCAUUGACUCCACAAACACAGUCCAGCCCAGUGCUUCCUUCAAACCUCUGGGUAUAGGCAAUGUGACAGAUCACCGGUUCCUUCGCUAUGCCACCCUCCCACGAGAAAUAGUUUGCACUGAAAAUCUCACACCCUGGAAGAAACUACUGCCAUGUGGAUCCAAGGCAGGUUUGGCGGUCCUGAUGAAGUCGGAGAAGCUCUUCCACAGCAGUUUCCACUCGGAGGCAGUGCACAUUCGGCCAGUGUGUGGAGACGCUCAGUGUAAAACCACGUCUUGGGAGCUCAGGCAGACACUUGAUGUGGUGUUCGACCUGCACACCUCUGGACAGGGCAAAAGAGAGUGGUCUUUGUUCAAGAUGUUUGCAAGGACUCUGACGGAUGCCUGCCCUCUGGCUUCCACCAGCAAAAUAUAUGUGGACAUCACAGACAAUCCUGAGGGGGAGCAGUUUGAGCUAACACCGGCCACCCCUCUCCUGAGCCAGGCCGCGGUGCUGGGAGACAGGCGCACUUUUUCUGUGUAUGACCUGACUCAAACCUCCACCUUUGGCACCAUGCGAACUUUUAACCUGCAGAUUAAAUGGAAAAGCUCUGAAGGGGACAUGCUGCGCCCCCUGCUCCAUGCUGAGAGGUAUGUAGCGGGGUACGGGCUGCAGACAGGAGAGAUCCACACCCUCAUGUAUAACCAGCACCCUUACCGCUCCUUCCCUGUGCUGCUGCUGGACUCUGUGCCCUGGUACCUGCGCCUCUACAUCCACACACUCACAGUCACCAGCAAAAGCAAGGACAACAAGCCCAGUUACAUCCACUACCAGCCAUCUAAAGACCGCGUUCGGCCUCACCUUCUGGAGAUGUUAGUGCAGCUUCCUCCUAAUUCUGUCACAGAGGUUACUGUGCAGUUUGAGAGGGCUCUGCUCAAAUGGACUGAGUACACGCCAGACCCAAACCACGGAUUCUAUGUCGGGUCCUCAGUUGUCAGCGCUCUCGUACCAAGUAUCGUUGCAAUGGACACAAACAACACUUGGGACCGCCCUCUUUUCAGCAGCUUUUUUCCCACCAAAGAAGAGUCCAGUUACUUCAUCCGGGUUUAUACUGAGCCAUUAUUGGUGAACCUGCCCACUCCAGACUUUAGCAUGCCCUACAAUGUCAUCUGCCUUACCUGCACAGUAGUGGCUGUGGGCUACGGCUCUCUCUACAACCUUCUCACACGCAACUUUCAGAUCGAAGAACCAAGCCCAGGACUGGCAAAGAGGAUAGCUAACGUCAUCAGAAAAAUGAGGGGUGUGCCACCACUAUGAGCCAGGAUGGCAACUCCAGAUGGUACUGUUUAUAACGGAUUAUUGGUGCAACACUGGUGAAUAGUGAUAUUUAGGGAUGGACUAAAUCCUGUGUGAAUGUUUUGAGUGAAGUUUGAAGUGUUGAAAAUGAAUGCAUUAAACCAGUAAAGUAAUGAAUCAGCUAGUUUCAGCACACCCCAAUUAAGAUUUAGAGAAGCUAAAUACUAAUCCUAGCAGUCAGUAUUCUGAAACUAUUAUUUGAUAUACGCAUUUACCACUAGCGAACCAGCUGCUUAUCUGGUUGUUCACCAGCUCUUGUUUACUCUAUUUUAUUUUUGCCAAUACAUCUCUACUGUUAUUUUGAACAUCUUUCAUUAGUUUUUGAUAUUCAGUCCUUAGCUCUAUAGAACUGGGCUACCAAAAGUGACCUGUUGCUAUGCUUUUUGAGACGAUCAUUUGAAAUAUGUUGUUUAAUGUCAGAUUGUGAAAUUAACUUGGGAAUUUUUGACAAGAAAAAAUAUUAUAUAUUGGGGGGGUGCAGAAACUGGAUUUAUUGAAUUUCCUGGUGAAAUGAAUUGCCUUGAAUGAAUGUGAGAGUGAAUGGUUGUCUGUCAGUGUUUUUUUGUUUUUGUUUUUUGUUUUGCUUUUCUUCUAUGGUGACCCAAAUUAAAAUAAAAGGAAAACAUUUUUAUUUUGAAUAUUGCCUUAUAUUAUCAAUGGUGCAUUGUAUUAAAUAGGUCAACCAUUUGGCUCAGAAAGCAGGUGUGCAACAUUCUGGCAAUGCUAAUUAUUCACACCCAGGUACUUGGAUUCAGAAUUUCCUUGUUGUCUAGACAUGAAAAGAAGACAGUAUUUCUCUUGUAUUAAACAAUUCAUUUUUUGAUAUAUUAACAGUUGCCUGUGUUUUACAAAACUGUCUGCUUCAAGACUUAAAUUAAGUUCUGAAAAUAUACUGCAAGCUAAAACAGGAUUCAAUUAAUUCACAAAUCAAUUGAAGUUACAAAUUGGAAUGAGCAAAACACUCCAAAAGUUGUGAAACUAACUAAAUACCUUGAGUUUUUGCCAUCUCAACUCAAAAGCCAACCAAUUUAUUUAUUUAAUAGGAGUGUUUAUUUGUACAAGUGAAUCUUUGAAUCUUUUAUGUAACGGCUGAGCUGGCCUUUUACCAAAUGAUUUUUUUGUUUUAUUUUUUUUGGCACUGAUUUUGGAGUUGUGCUUGAAAUGAAAACACUGCGCUGUACACAUCUAAGUAAAAAUGCAUUAACUAUUAGCUCCACAAAUAGUUUUAAUCAACAGAAAUAGCCUGCAAACUCAUUUAAAAUUUAAAUUAAGGAAAGGAACAAAAGUGGAUUUUCUCCACAUUUUACCCAUUUCUUUUAAGAGUGCAUGUUAUUUGUAACAGAAAAUUUGUUCCACUGUGAAUGUUUGAAAGACACAUGUUAACUGAUACAUAAUAAAUAAUAAUGAAUUUA